AUGUCCUCUUCCUCCCCCACCGGGCAGAUUGCAAGUGCGGCGGACAUCAAGCAGGAGAAUGGGAUGGAAAGCGCCUCGGAAGGGCAGGAGGCGCCCCGCGAAGUGGCGGGGGGCGCGGCGACGGGGCUGAGCCCCCCGGCUCCAGCCUCCUUCCCCCUGGAGCCGGGGGACGCCGCGGUGGUGGCCGCCGCCGCCAGGCUGAGCGGAGAGGAAGGGGCAGCGGCGGAUCAGGUACAACUCCACUCGGAACUUGUGGGCAGGCACCACGCCGCCGCCGCCGCGCAGACCCCGCUGGCCUUCUCGCCCGACCAUGUCGCCUGCGUGUGCGAGGCGCUGCAGCAGGGGGGCAACCUGGACCGCCUGGCCCGGUUCCUGUGGUCCCUGCCCCAGAGCGACCUGCUACGUGGCAACGAGAGCCUGCUGAAGGCGCGGGCGCUGGUGGCCUUCCACCAGGGCAUCUACCCCGAGCUCUACAGCAUCCUCGAGAGCCACAGCUUCGAGUCGGCCAACCACCCGCUGCUGCAGCAGCUCUGGUACAAGGCGCGCUACACCGAGGCCGAGCGAGCGCGCGGCCGGCCGCUGGGCGCCGUGGACAAGUACCGGCUGCGCAGGAAAUUCCCCCUGCCCCGCACCAUCUGGGACGGCGAGGAGACGGUGUAUUGUUUCAAGGAGAAGUCGCGCAACGCGCUCAAGGAGCUCUACAAGCAGAAUCGCUACCCGUCGCCCGCGGAGAAGCGGCACCUGGCCAAGAUCACCGGCCUCUCGCUCACCCAGGUCAGCAACUGGUUCAAGAACCGCCGGCAGCGCGACCGGAACCCCUCGGAGACCCUGUCCAAAAGUGAGUCAGAUGGCAACCCCAGCACUGAAGAUGAAUCUAGCAAGGGACAUGAGGAUUUAUCUCCUCAUCCACUCUCUGCUUCAUCCGAUGGUGUCACCAACCUCAGCCUUCCUGCUCACAUGGAGCCAGUAUAUAUGCAACAAAUUGGAAACGCUAAGAUAUCACUAAGCUCUUCCGGCGUCUUGUUGAAUGGAAGCUUGGUACCUGCAAGUACUUCACCUGUUUUCCUUAAUGGUAAUUCUUUUAUUCAAGGACCCAAUGGAGUUAUCCUUAAUGGAUUAAAUGUGGGAAAUGCACAGUCGGUGCCACUGAACCCACCAAAAAUGGCAUCAAACAUUGUGAGCAAUGGCAUAGCCAUGACUGACAUUCUGGGGCCCGCCUCUCAGGAUGUGAAGGAAUUCAAAGUCCUCCAAGGUUCUGCAGCUAACUCAGCAGCGGCCACCACCUCCUACAGCCCCAGUGCCCCUGCAUCAUUCCCAGGGCUGAUACCCAGCACUGAGGUGAAAAGAGAAGGCAUCCAGACAGUGGCGUCCCAGGACGGAGGCUCCAUAGUGACUUUUACUACGCCAGUGCAACUUAACCAGUAUGGCAUUGUCCAGAUCCCCAAUUCCGGGACACAAGGUCAGUUCCUUAAUGGGAACCUUGGAUUCUCUCCACUGCAGCUGCCUCCCGUUUCGGUGGCGUCGUCACAAGGUCAUAUUUCAGUCAGUUCAAGCACUUCAGAUGGGAGCACAUUCACGAGUGAAUCCACCACACUCCAGCAAGGAAAGGUUUUCUUCAGCUCUCUUUCCCCCAACACAGUCGUGUACACGGUCCCUAAUUCAGGCCAGACUGUAGGAUCUGUUAAACAGGAAGGCUUGGAGAGGAGCCUGGUGUUUUCUCAGUUGAUGCCUGUCAAUCAGAGUGCACAACUAAAUGCAAACCUGUCUUCUGAAAAUAUCUCAGCAAGUGGCCUCCAUCCCCUGGCCUCCUCGUUAGUUAACGUCUCCCCAACUCAGAACUUCUCCCUGACUCCCCCGACACUGCUCAGCCCCACCGAGCUCAAUGCUGACAUGGCCGAUAGCCAGCCAAUGUCUGCACCAGGGACAAGCAAAUCCACGGUGACAUCUGUCAGCAGCACUGACUAUGCAACUCUUCAGAACUGUUCCCUUAUUUCUGGUCAAGACCUAAUGUCGGUCCCUCUGACCCAGGCUGUCCUGGGGGAAAUCGUUCCUACAGCGGAAGACCAAAUAGGUCACCCCUCCCCAGCAGUACACCAGGAUUUUGUCAGAGAAAAUCGUUUGAUUCUGCAGGCAGUAGCUAACAUAAAAGACCAUUUCUUACCCGAUUCCGAGGGCAAAGCACCAAGCAACUCCAUGAUGCUGGACUCCAAAUCCAAUUAUGUCCUCGAUGGCAGGGUCGAGGCAGUCUGUGAGGACCUGGGAACAGACAAAAAGGAGCUCGCCAAGCUCCAGACUGUCCAGUUGGAUGAAGAGAUGCAAGAUUUAUAAACUUUAUUUCCCUUAUAUUUUUUGGCACCUACAAAGCGAUCUUUUCAAAGAGCCCUGAGAACAUCAAGCAUUUUCCCAUUGAAAGGAAAACACUCUAGUUUUGCAAGCAAAUGUAUUUAAGAGAUUUUGGGUGACGGAUCAGGUGAAGUAAACAGCCGUGGAGCGACAUUACUGUAACCUUUUUGUUCCCAUACAAUAUCUACCCUCUGAAACAGAUGGAGACAAAGGCGCAAGAUCAACUAUAUCGAGGCAACGUGGUUUGGUUCACUUAAAAUAAUUUCAAGAUCGGACUGGAACUUGAUAAGUAGUUGUGUUUGGUUUCUUUUCUUAAUUAAAAAUGUAUACAUCUAUCGUAGAAAAUGGCAAUAGGUACAGAGCAUUUGAAACAAUGCAGUUCUUUUGUGUUUACUCUUAUUCCGUGGGCAUUGAUAGGGUUAGGAAGCAUAAAUGGUUCUCCAUCCAAGCUGUUCUAAUGGUGUAUUUUUUAAGUUACGUAGCUUAGAUAUAUAUCUCUGACAAUAUCUAUUUCUGUUUUCCAGCAUUUUCACAAAAGCCGUGGUUUAAGUCUCUACUCAUUUCCAAAUGUGAUUGCUAGUAGUUCAAUGUGGCUGAGCGAGUUUGAAACGCCACUGAACACUUGGUAACUUCAGGAUGAAUGUAAAUAUAUCAGCUCCAUAAGCAGAACUUGAGUAAUUACAGUGGAUUUUAUUUAUACCGUUGGUGUUUCUCUUAGACUUCAGGCUCUGUGAACUGAAAACGGUUUUCUUACGGUUUAAUUUAUUUUUAUUGUUUGAACAGGAAGUGAACAUAGUUGUUCCCAACCAAGUUUUACUUUUUGUAGGAUUUUAAAAGCAAUGGUUUUUAUCAGGAGUCUAUUAAAGUCAAUAUUAAUAACACUGAAGCAGGAAAUCUAACCCCCAAUAUUGGAAUUUUGGUACUUUUUUCACAUCCUUGCUCUUUAUUUAGCAGCCCUGAUCCAUUUCAAUACUGAUGGUUUGUUUGUUUUUGUUUUUUAAUAGGAUUCUAUGUGCCUUUUUACCUUGUGGCCUUUUGAUUACUCUUACUAAGGUACAGACUUGUCCACAUAUGCACUGAUAGCUCUUCUCUAUUCCAACAGGGUCAAAUUCACCAGAGAAUUGCUUCAAAUCUGAAGAACUUAAGUCUCACAAAUGUUAUGUAUCGUGUUUAUGAUGGAAUGGAUGACUAAUGUUGAUGUGUUUCAUUAUGAAAAUAAAACCACAAUUUAAUUCUAGGCUCCCAAUAAGGUAGGCUGUAGGCUCUCCAAACCACCGCUCUAGAGGAAAGGAGAACUAUGUAAAAUCUACUGCACACAAUUCUUUCCUAUUAAAACUUAGUUUGAAAUGUUUUUAAUUAUUACCCCAUUUAUGACCCGGGACUCUAGUAUGCACUGUAUUAUCAGGGCUUCCAAAAGAGUACCUUUUGGGAGGUUUCUGUCAAACGCUUGUUUGAUCAUGUGAGCUGCAGUUAUAGUUUUGAUCAGGACUUUGAACACACAAAUGUAACAAUGCAAAUAUAUGUAGCGAGUAAACUUUGUUCUCUGGAAAGCAAGAAAAGUGAGAUAGUGGUCUCUUCAAAAAUGACAACGUUGUUGAACAUUCUUGUGUUCCUGAAGUUCAGGACAAAGAGUCCACUCUAGCUCUCUACGUGCCCAUUGGCCAAGACUUGGAAAAGGGCCAUAGAGGAUUAACUUUUGUUGCUGCUGCAAAUGGAAUUUGCAAGCAUAGAUAAAGAGCUCGAUGAAGAAGUCCUCAUCCAUCAUUGUGAUUAAAAAACUUACAUCACCUUUUUUUUUCCUUUUUUUGUAAAAUUCGCGAAUGUACCCAAACUGCUGAAACAACAUGUUUUGGUUUGGUUUUGUUUUUACAAAGUCAGAUUUUUUUCAGAGUUCUCUUCCACUGUACCACUAUAAGCUUGUUUUUUUGGGUUUUUUUAGGUGUGUGCUGAUCAUGUUACUGAGAUGAAUUACAUUGUUCUGCAGUGUAGUUUACAUGAAAAUGAUGUUUUCCACUUGAUUGCUGCAGAUAUCAAGAGUUUGUUACUUAUUUAAAAAUACCCAUCCAGUAAGAUAGAUGGGGAGAUUUUAAAAGUUAUAUAUGUUACAUAUAUAUAACUGGAAAGGUUUUAUAAUAAGCAUUUCUUUUAUUCAGAAUUCUUCCUCUUUUCUCUUGAAGAAAAAGAUAGCACAAAAAUGAAGAGUUACCUAGGAAACUCAUUCAUACCCCCAACAUGAUGUAAUUAUACCCCUGUGAUCACUCCAGCUGUACAGUAUACCAAGUAAGAAUCAAUGCACAUGAUAAAGAACGUACUGUUCUUUCCUAUCUUCCUGGUAAAAUAAGGGCCAGUUUGUAUGUAGCCCAUGUGGAUGUGAAUGAAAAUAUGAUAAACCUCAUGAUCUCCUUACACAGAAUUGCAAAUGCAUACUUUUUUUUGCAAUGCCAAGGAUCAGACUUCAGACCCUUGGAGUUCAUGUGGCUGAACUUCCCUCUUACAAAAACCAAUGCUUGAAGAUGCUGCAAAUGAAUGGCUCUCUAACGAUCCCUAAAAAGAAAUCAGGAUAGGAAUAAAUAACUCUGCCUUCAAACCCACCCCAUGCUGCAGGGUUGGGGGAUGUGAGCGUUCGUGUGAACCUGUCCAUGCACGCAGGCAACCAGAAUUUGUCCUAGUUACGUGAGUAAAGGACAGUUACAUGUGUUUAAAGAGGAGGUGCAUUUGUUCCUCAAGCAAGCAAGCGCACCUGUCUUGUACUGCUUUAUAUCAUGUAUAUUCAUAGUAACAAAAACACUCUUUAAAUUGUACAUGUUUUGGUGCCUUUCUAAUGCCUUGCGCUAAUGAAAGGCCAAGUAGAUGUUAUAGCCAUAGAUAAAAAUCAGUAGUAAAUUGCACACGGACCUUCAGUUUCCCUGUAUAUGCCCUUAUAUCUUGCAUGUUAAGAGCUGGAUUAAUGGGCAUGUGUUGCCGCCUGCCCUGCUACAUGCUAGACAAGUGUGCAGUAAGUACAUAACCACAAUUCGUUAUUGAAAAUGUUUCUGACCGUUCAGCUCAUCAUAAAAAUAUAACUGACUCAAGAAAACAGUGGGGAAAAACAAUUGCAUUUUAUUAAAGAUCUUGUCAAAGUCUUCCUAAACGUAUUUCUUCAAUGACAAAGCCUACCUACCAGUUCCUUUGUAUCUUAGUUGAUGCAUUUCGUGUUAAUUUAAUAUUAUCACCAUACAUUUUAUUAAUCAGAAUUGUAUAGCAUGUGACUCUUGGCUUUCAGGGCUCUCAAAACAAUUUUUUUUUAAUCCUUUUGUUGCAUGUACUGUAUGUUUAGAGGCAACCAGUUAUGUACUCUAUGGUUUUGUGCCUUACACACAGAGUCAAUCUAUGCAGAAUGUAUAUCAUGGGAUGGGGUACCAAGAAGUCUUUACUGCACUGUUAGGUGAUGGCACACAGAGCAUGUCCUGGAACAUUUCUGUGCUUAAUUACCCAACCAAAGAGAUCUAAAGUAUGUAUGUUGUACUGUAAUAGGGGGUUAUGCCUGGACAAUUUAAGUGUUUUAUUUGUUUUCUGAAAUGAUGUGAACUUAUUUUUCUAAACACUACGCUAAAUAAACUUUAUAUUUAUACA